GAAAAGCAAAACGUCAAAGGAGUCUUGUUAUGAUUUUGGUUUGUUUUGUUGGCCAAAAUCGGAUAUACGGAGCGGAACAGAUUGCUGCCAUCGUGGGUCCUUGCUGGUAGUUUCGGACGGCAUAACAUUAUAAUUUGGAAAAAGUUCUACACAAUCAUUAUUCUGCAGGAAAUACUGUUUGGCGUUCCAUUAUGUCAUACCAGCUGUAUCGGAACACUACUCUCGGAAAUACUCUCCAGGAAACGUUGGAUGAACUUAUUCAGUAUGGUCAAAUAACUCCUGCCCUGGCCGUGCGAGUGCUGGUGCAGUUCGACAAAUCCAUCAACUCGGCUCUCUCCAAUAGGGUCAAAUCGAGAGUUACCUUCAAAGCCGCCAAGCUGAACACGUACCGGUUCUGCGACAACGUGUGGACGCUGAUGCUGAAUGACGUGGAGUUCCGGGAGGUGCACGAAUUCGCCAAAGUGGACAAAGUCAAGAUCGUGGCAUGCGAUGGCAAGAAUGCCAACGUGAACGAUGAUAUUGGUCGGACUGAUCGAUAGGGCACAUCGAUGAUGAACAGCAUUUUCAGCUCUAAUGAUGGCUCAUUUCAUAUUUCUUUUAUUUAUGUAUGUAUAACGCUGAUCUCGUUCUGAGAUAGGCGCUUCUAGCUAGAUUAUAAUUUUGUGGACAAAUAAAACACAUUUUCAUGAAUUGAAACCAA